AUGCACUCCACCGACCAAUACGGUAGAGUCCACGCGCCAUCAUGGCUUGACGAUUCUUCCGACUUCUCGAACCCUGAUCUGCUUGAAACAAACUCUGAUCCGCCCCUCUUCUGGAGGAAGACCUAUGCUGGACCAAUCGACGAUAUCAGCUUUGGGGACUAUGACAAAGAGGGCGACGCGGUAGGAUUGCCAACAAUGCGCAUUGUACUCACGGUCCUUGCCGCGGCCAUUGUUCUCUUUGCGACUCGGCCUCGGCUCUUCGCCGACACCAUUCUUUGUCUCCUUGUGUUUGCGCCAUAUCCGGACUUUGCCAGGUAUUCCAGGUGGUGCAUCUUUUUGCCGCUUGUCCUCUAUGAUACAACCCAGGGAAAACUCGAAAGCGCACUCAUGCUCGGCAUACUGACGACGACAAGUUCCAUUGACUGGUCUUAUGCCUGGGCAGUGGUCAACCGUACAUAUAUCUUGGUCUAA